AUGGAGAAACUAAAAGGUCCCGCCGCAGGAUGCACCACAGCCACCUGUGGAUGGAGAGCCCUGCUUCUCCCGCAGCUGAACAGGCAGUCCCUGUACGUGUACGGCAGCGAGAUGGCCGUGGAGAAGGAGUGCAUCCGGCAGCUGCAGAGCGGAGUCUUUGUCAUCCACCCGUUCAGCCUCAUGAGGAGUUACUACAUUAUGUGCAUGAUGGCCAUCACGUUCCUGAACCUGAUUGGGAUUCCCAUGGAGAUAGCAUUUCUGGACGGGAACAGCGGGCUGGCAUGGGAGGGAUUUAACGUGUUUUCAGACACGCUUUUCCUGAUAGAUGUGGCUCUGAAUUUCCGUAUGGGCAUCAUAGCAGAGGACGGCGAGGAAGCUAUUCUGGAUAUCAAGCAGAUCCGCGUCAGUUACCUGAGGUCAUGGUUCAUACCGGACGUUAUCGCUGCGUUCCCGAUCGGCUACAUACUGCUGUUCGCGGACCUACAGUACCACAAUGAUGACAACCCCUCCAAGACCAACAAGAUGAUGAGGAUACUGAUGUUUGUGCGGAUCCUCAGCUUGAUCCGGCUGGCUCGAGUGUCCAGAUUGGUCAGGUUUUUCAACGAGGUGGAGAAAGUGUCGAAUGCAAACUUGGAGGUGGUCCGCCUCUUCUUUCGUGUCUUGUCUCUGUUCAUGAUGAUUUUCCUGCUGUGUCACUGGAACGGCUGCAUCCAGUACUUUGUCCCCAUGCUGGAGGAGUUUCCCUCUGACUGUUGGGUCCGCAAAGAAAACCUGAUGAAUGCCACAGUGAUCGUGAAGUACUCCUGGGGAGUUUUUCGAGCUCUCUCCCAGAUGAUCGCCCUCUCCUAUGGCUCCAUGAAUGCACCUACAAGUGAGAAUUAUUGA